UCCAGUCCAAAUGAACAUAAAACCCCAUUCCCUCCUCUCCCUCCCAACUAAACGGCGCACUUCUUUCUCCAGUCUCUCAUCGCUCUCCUCUCAUCUCUCCCUCCUUCACCACCGCGCCGCUCCCCACCACCUCCCCAAAGCCCGCGAGCUCCACGCUCUUCUCCUCACCUCCAGCCUUCUCUCCUCCUCACCCCCUGCCCUCACUUCCCUCAUAUCCCUCUAUUCCAAAUGCUGCUGCCCCGCUUCCGCCCUCUCAGCAUUCUACUCUUCCCCCUCCCCUCCCAACCUCUUCGCAUGGAACGCCGCCAUCUCCGCCCUCUCUUCCAACACCCUCCCCGCCGACGCUCUACUACUUUUCCGCUUCCUCCGCUCCCAUCCCUCCCUCUUCCCCGACCACUUCACCUUCCCCUGCGUCAUCAAAUCGAUCUCCGACCUCGGUGACGCCGGGGAUCUUAAGAAUAUCCACGCCCUGCUCUUCAAGUUCGGUUUAGUUUCAGAUGUCUUCGCCUCAAGCGCGAUGGUAAACGGUUACUUGAAAUUAGGAAUCGUGGACGACGCAGAGGUGGUGUUUGAUGAAAUUCCUGAAAAAGAUGUGGUGCUUUGGAACUCCAUGGUCAAUGGGUUCGCGCAAAUGGGGCGAUUUUCGAACGCGAAAGACUAUUUUCACAGAAUGCUGGAGGAAGGUAUGGUUCCAAGCAGGUUUACAGUGACGGGAAUCCUCUCCGUGUUCACUUCUACGGCUGAUUUGAAUGGUGGGAGAAACAUUCAUGCUUUUGUUGUGAAGAUUGGAUACGGGUUUGAUGUGGCGAUUUCAAAUUCUCUUAUUGACCUCUACGGAAAAUGUCAUGAUGUGGAGGAGGCGGCGGAAGUAUUUGAGUCUAUGUUCGAGAAAGAUAUAUUCUCCUGGAACUCUAUAAUUUCCGCUUCCGAGUACUCCGCCGACCACCCGAAGGCUUUUCAGCUCUUCCGCCAAAUGCUUUGCGUUGGAGUUCAGCCAGAUUCCAUCACAGUGGCUGCCGUCCUCCCCGCCUGUUCCCAACUGGAUGCUCUGGCACAUGGACGGGAGAUCCAUACCUACCUUCUUCGCCACGGGAUCAGAGGCGAUGUCUUCGUGGACAAUGCUCUAAUGGAUAUGUACGCCAAAUGCGGGAUGCUUGAUGACGCGCGCAACGUGUUUGAUGUAAUGCCUAACCGAGAUGUUGCGUCCUGGAACAUCAUAAUUGAUGCAUAUGCGUCUCACGGGCGGGGAGAGGAUGCCCUAAAGCUCUUCAACGCCAUGACCACUGAACCUGAUGAGGUCACUUUUGUUGCAGUGUUGUCAGCAUGCAGCCAUUCUGGAUUGAUGGAAAUCGGGGUGAAAAUUUUUGAGCAAAUGAAAGUAAUGCCGGUGGCUGAGCAUUACUUGUGUAUGGUGGACAUGUUUGGCCGGGCGGGAAUGCUUGAAAAGGCCAAGGAGGUGGCUGCAGCGGCAGAGAAGGCUUGCGGGAUGAAGGGGUGGAGGACGUAUAUUGCGGCGUGCAAGGAAAGGGGGCAGAUGGAGAGGGUGGUGGAGGCGGCAGAGAGGCUAGUGGAGAUGGAGCCAGAGGGGAGUGGUGCUUGGGUGAUGGCUGCGAAUGCAUAUGGGUGGGCGGGGAAGUAUGAGGAGGUGGCAGAAUGGAGGGGCGAGAUGUGGCGGAGGGGGGUGAGGAAGGUGCCUGGGUGCAGCUGGGUUGAGGUAGCUGGCCAUGGUGUGCAUACUUUCAUUGCAGGUGAACGGUGUCAUCCGAGAGCAGAGGCCAUUUAUGCUGUGAUUCAUGAGCUUGCUGGAUGGAUCAGGGAUGGUGGAUACUUGGCUCAGGUUGGAUUGAAUGGACCUGGUGAGUACUGGUGGAAUUAGGAUUUAAGAGGGCAAAAGGGUUAUCUCAAAAUUUAGAAGGACAAAACUUUUAUAAUAUGCAUGAUUGGAAGGGAUGAUUGCAAGGGAGUAUAAGGGUAUAAUUUUUAAAUUAUGCUUAGAUACAAAGAAUUUUCUCAAAUUUAUGGGGCAUUUGGCACGCUUUGGUUUCUUUUGGGACGGAAGCAGCUUUCAAGUAUCAAAAUUUUGCACUAAGAAAGCUGUUUCAAAUGAAGCCUUAAUCCUCCUAAUUCCACUGCUGAGGAGAACUUAUAAAGAAGCUGAAUGCCAGCCGUGCUGGUGUUCUUGUGAGAUUCACUGGCCCAAUAUCAGCCAAUUAAGGCUGAUCUCCCCUACGUAGCCACCUGGAGGGAGGGCUCAAACUUCAGUCCGAGUUGCCGCUAAGGAUGAAGCAGCUAAUAAUUUUCUGUAAAAAGUGUUGCAGUUGAUUGGCGGGAACUGUUUGCAGAUCAAUCAAUUAACAAUUUACAUGGACUUAAAAGAUUUAAUGCCCUUUGGCUUCGCUGAGCUAUUGUGAAGUCUCAUGUCGUUCAUUUGGGUCCGAUUUGGAGGACUCUUUUCUACUGACAGUUGUUUUUUUGUUUAUGAAUAGAGAUAUGGAAUAAAUGUCAGUUGUCAGUGAUAGCUUAUCACAUUAUAUGCAAGCAGUAUUAUGUACCGCUACCUCCAGAUUCUCUGCCGCAGGGACUGUCAUCUUUCCAGUUUAUAAUCCUCACUUUACACUCCAAAGCUCUUUCACAAGCAAAUUCCACAAUGGAGCUUGCUGCCACAGGUAGAACCACGUAUUGCCUAGGGUGGACAAUUGCCCAAUUUUAAUUCUCUUAAUAAUAUGGAUUUUUUGGUAUUUUGAUUUCAA